AUGACUAAAUUGGUGUUAACAAAACAGAUACUUUCAAGUCUAAACGGUAUCACCGAACAGCACACAGUGCCGGCAGAGGUGAAAGACAAACUGAGACUUGCGUUGGCGUGCGGAGUAAAUUAUGCAGAGGGCCUAAUUUCUAUUGCGCAAGCCUGUCAAAAUGAUGACGUGGUUGCUCGUGUGGAUGCUGUUGAAAAUGAAGAUAAGAUUGAAAAAAUAAUUGAAGAAAUUGGAAGACUGAAGGAGGAAUCAAAAGGCGGAUCACGAGGAAGGAGACGUUUCAGGGCUCGAUUUCGACCAAAGCGAUGUUUCAGUUGCCACGGCAUAGGACACCUUGCCCGUUUUGGCCCAAAUCAGCACAUUCGUUCGUGUUUUUCUGUUUCUAAUCCGACUGCCUGGGGAAUUCCAAGGCUCGAGGUUUUCAUUUUGGGACAGUCAAAGUUGGCUGUUAUUGAUACGGAUGCCGGGAUUUCCAUUAUGCCUAGGGUGGAAGGGGUCCCCGUGAAACCGUGCAAUUUGAGCCUACGUGCCGUUGGGAGUAUGCCACUCAGAGUCUUGGGUAAAUAA